AUGGAGGCCAUGGAGGCCUGCUGCGCAGCUCAGGUGGGUCGUGUCCAGAUCAUGUCCGAAUUGGACCGACAAGAAUGUCAAAAAGCUGAAGGUGGUGACGGUGGACCGGUGCCCGAUGAUACGCUGUCCUGGCCGUUGCAGCCUGUUACCCAUGAAGAAUGCUUGCCUCCAGUUCAUGGCCACCACCGCCGACGGAGCAGACGAGAGCUCUCUUCAGGUGGCAAGUUUCAAUUGCUCCCGUCGGUGGGAACCUGGCUGCUGCCUCUACCCUCCAAGCUCGCUGCACGUGGGACCGCGAGCAAAGAGAGCAAAGAGAGCAAGCCCACGAAGAGGGAGGAGGCGCAGGACCCCCUCCCAGAUCCGAUUCCGGCUCUGAAGGCAGAGGUGUGGACAGCGCAUUAUUCUGAUGCGCGGACGGCUUGCGAGAUUCACCUUCACCACGACCGUGUCGCCAUUAUCGAAAGCAUGGAAUCAAGCCGCCAGGUGGUCUUGGAGCAAUGGCUUUCGGAGCCGACUCUCGUGGUGGAAGGGAGCGGGACCACACUCACCAUCGCAACCUUGGCACAACUCUCGACGCAGGUGCAUCUCAGCACUGCUGCGGAGGCCUUGCAGCUGGCUGCAAGCAUACGGUCUGCCGUGGAGAGGUUGGCGAGUCAAGUUCGAGAUCACAAGUGGUCCUUCGUAUACUUGAAUGUGUAUGACCUCUUCAACUGGCGGGUGAGCCUCUUGAACCGUGUCACGUGGCUACUUGGAGCCGGCGGCGCUUACCAUGCGGGCGUGGAAGUUUAUGGACUGGAGUAUGCCUUUGGAGGCACGGAGAUUGGAAUUGGCGGAAGCGGGAUCACCACCUGCACGCCCAAGUCUUGCCACAAGCAUUCGUUCAGACAAAGUCUCUGCCUGGGCGUGACAACCAUGUCAGCAGAGGACGUUGACCAGCUGGUUAUCGACUUGGCACCGGAGUGGCCGACAGAGGACUACGAGGUGCUGGGUCCGAAUUGCAUCACCUUCUGCCGAUGCAUUUGCAAGAGCCUUGGUGUGGCUGACGUGCCGGACUGGGUGGACUCAAUGGUGCGAAGCAUCAAGGAGCGAAAUGUAAUCUUCGAUCCCUCAACGGGUUCGGCCGACUACCAAAAAGGAUGCUGUCCUCAGCAGCAUUUGUGCAGGCUGCAAUCGCAGGGCUUCCUGGCCAGCUUCGUGGAGGUUUUGGCCUGCAGCGCCUGUGAGUGUGACAUCGAACCCGGCCUGCAACACUGGCACUGCAGUGAAUGCGACAAGAAUUACUGUGUCGCAUGCCUUGUGCCCGCAUGUGUCCGCUGA